UUCCAAGGAAAAAGCAUACUGGGUCACAUAGGAAAUAAAACUUGAAGACAGCAUUCUGCCAAAAGUUCUACAGCUAUCACUACAGAGCCAAUCUUUAGCUCCUAACAUAAGCCAUGAAGCAUAUCACUGCGGGCAUUUCUUUCUCAAGUUGGCUACCGUGGUAGUAGUGACAUCAAACAACCAUGCACCGACUUCUGUAUUACGAAACACACCACAUGAAUCAGUGUUUUCUACAGUCAGAACAACUAUGGAAAUGUGUUUACCAAGUGGGUUAUUACAAAAGAAAGCAGGAAAAUAGAUAGUUUGAUAUCAUAUCAAAGUGAUUUUCUGUCAAGCUGUAAAUACAGUUUUUCACAAGUUGGCAAAUUAUCAUAUUGAUAAAAAGACAGGAAUUCUAGCAGAAAACACAGAUUUAAUAACUGGUAAGCAAUAUUUACAUUUUUUUAUCUAUAGUGGCAAUUUCUUAUCAAAAUAAGUAAAGUAACUAUACUAAAGCUAGCUAGGUGCCAGAUGGUUUUUAAGUGCAAAAAACCCAGUCAUAAACAGGAAAAAGGAGUCAAUUGUUUUCGGAUGGAAAAACAUUGCCGCUUAUAAAGAGUGAACAAAUAUAUAUUCAGUGUUAACAGUUGAACGAAUAAGAACCAGUUUCACACAGUCUGUUAUUUUUCAAAAUGGAAUUCAGAUAUGGAAUCGUAUUUUACACAUUAGUUUUGUUAUUUAAUGUCAAACACUUGUCGCUUGCUAUGUCAGCGCCUGUGAUUAACAAGGAAGAAAACUGUGUGCUUAGUUUUAUUGUUCCUAGAGAUAAAAUGAAAAGUUCUUGUGAUAUGGAUGUAAAAGUCAAGCGCCACUUAAAUUCAAUGGAAACCAAGCUUCAUAUAUACAAGCAACAAGUGGUUGAUCUACAGAAUCAGCUAGACAAGGAGAGACAGUUGAAUUACAACAAACUCCAAGCUUUGGAGAAUAAAAUAAAUGCCUUUGAUGCCAAAGAAAAUUACCAUAUUUUACAAGAGAAACUUGAAAAUCUUGAAGUUAAGUUGUAUAAAGGUCCAGGUUUGAUGAUUAAGAAUGGUGAUUCUUGGAAAGCAAAUGGUAAGCAUGAUGACAUUAAAGAUACAGUUUACCACAAGAACAUGGUGGAAGCCAUACAGCCUGUUGUGAGAGCCGAAGUUGAAAAAUACUUGGAGAAUUUCACACAGGAACUUGACAACACGAUAAGAAAUGACUUAACUGAUUAUGAUCUGCUGAACAUGAUCCCGCGCAGUGAUCAGUCAUACUCGGGGUCAAGUUCUGAUGAGGAUUUGAAAAGAAACAGGUUUGAUGAAAGAAAACCAAACAGCAAGUCGAGUGAACUUUGGAAAGACUUUGACAAAAUCCGCAACAAGAUGAACAAUGUUGGUGAUGACAUAGCAUCCAAAGUAAGAAAAAUGAUCAAAAACAUAACAUUAACACAGUUGACAAGUACAAAAGUAAAUAAUGAUAAUGAAACCAGCGAAAACAGUACAACGUUUGAGACUUCAGUUGUUGAAAAUGUUACAGAAAAAUGGACCUCGACGACAGAUCAAAAUUCUGCUGUUGAAUAUGUCACAGUCAUGGAUGUCAUCAGUGCACAGGAAGAUGGGGAUAACACAUCAACUGGUACAAAUGCCCCAGAGGACAAGAUGCUGACUGAGAUGACUCAAAUUCCAAAUGCAAGAAUUUCAAAGACUGAUGCAGAAAGACAAGUUGACCAUCUUAACUUAGAACAAAAUGAUCAGUCUGUAGAUAAUGCCAUCCGUACAGACAUUUUCUCUGAGGAAAUAGAAAAACUGGUCAAAAAUGAAGUCUCAAAGAUGCUUCAUGCACAAAUGGAUGAAGUUGAGAGUCUGAUGAAGAAACAAAAGGAAUGGUUGGAUGGCUCCAUGGGCAGCCAGGACAAAGAAUUGAAAAACUUGGCAGAAAGUCACUCAGUAGAUCUCAAAGAUGUGGAAGAAAAGGUUGAUGGUUUGAAGCUGGAGGUAUCAUCAAUUACACAGAGUAUGCAAGACUUCUUCAGCAUGGCCGAAGUGAUACAUGGAUUACAAAGAACUGUCGAUGAAAUAAAAACAAACAUGAGCUCAUCAGAAGUCAUGAAUAAUGAAUUCAUUAUGGAAAAGGUGGAUGAACAUAGCAAAAUACUCAGAAAAUUGGAUCAGCUGUAUAGAAUAUUACAGCAAACAGUUCAACACUAUCGCAAUGAAAGUAAAAUUGACUAUUUUAAAAUCAAGGAAAAAUUAACAGAGGCAUCAGAGCAGUUUCAACAAAAGACAGAAAGAAUGUUCCAGAAUGUGUCAUUAAAAUUCAACCAGAAAAUGCAAGACUACAACACGCGGCUCCAGAGUCGACUGCAACUAAUUAAUGCCACAAUUCGUAACCUGGACGACAAUUAUGUCAUCCUCAAUCUCGACCACACCGACCUUGAGAGGCGGGUAAAAAGCAAAAAUAGUAAAAUAUCACAGGAUGUUGAGUCGCUGAAGACAAAGGUAGACAGACUUCAACAGCAGAAUUCAAGAUGGAAGCAAAUACACAAAACACUAGCGAACGACAAUCACAAACUGGAGUUGAAGAACAAUGAGACCACACUCUUACUGACAAGCAUACAGCUUGAAAUGAAACUCAGUUCCACGGAUUCGUGGGUGGAAUACAACUUUUUAUAUGACACCACUCAGACGGACUGCUUUGGCAAACAGUACAUAAAGAAAACUCACUACAGAGUGGGUAGAAUAGUGGGUGUGGUGUUGUGUACCAAUGCACGCUACAAGAUUCUGCUUGCAAAGAGCAUUGAUGAAAAAUUCUUAAAUAUUGGAGAUUCUAGUGGUCUAGGAGAAGACCACUGUGAGUUUAUUGGAGCAGUAGUAUCAACGUCAAUAACCGUUAGUCCACCAGGAAUGUUCAUGAAAAGCGUUGAAGGGUUUGUACGAGAUAACUGGGGACAGGAGCCAAAACCAACACUUCUAAACUUCUUGCGACCUUCACCAUCUUGGUACGAGUGUGGAAUGAGCAUACCUUGAACAUAACGAUAAAUACUUGCAUCCAAUGUUUGAUGCAGACAGCUCUAUUCAAGGUGACGCAGCAAUAACAAUUUACAAUGUGUUGUCAAAGAAUUCAGUCUCUGUGUGGGUUAACGACAUCCGAACUAUCCAUAAGAGAAACAGUUCAAGUUACACUAAAAGGAGUGUAUACUUUACCAUACCCAAUAUAGUUUAGGUAACAAGUUAAAGUUGUGCCAAUAUGAUAAAGAUUAUACCAUGUUCAGGGCAUCAGCUGUUGUUCCUCAAAUCAAAAAGUUUAAAAGUUUGUUUUGUUUAAUGACACCACUAGAGCACAUUUGAUUAAUUAAUGAUCUGCUACUGGAUGACAAACAUUUGCUAAUUCUGACACAUGGUCUUCAGAGUAAAUUCACUGUAUUUUUUUCAUAGCAGCAAGGGAUGUUUUAUAUGCACCAUACCAGACAGGAUAGCACAUUACACAGCCUUUGAUACACUAUUUGUGGUGCACUGGCAAGAAUGAGAAAUAGUCCAUAUGGGACCACUGACAGGGAUUGAUCCUAGACCAAAUGUGUAUCAGGCAAUCGCUUUACCACUGGGUGGUCUUUCGAGAAAACCCACAACAUGUUUUGCAUUAGUAGCAAAGGAUCUUUUAUUUGAACUUUCCAAAAGACAUACCACAACCUGAUAUACCAGUUGUAGGGCAUUGGUUGUGAUGAGGUAAAAAAAAAAAACCCAUCAGAGAAUGGGUCCACUGAGGGAGUUCGUUUCUACGACCCAAACACCUUUUGAGAGUUUCAAAUCGUCAAAUCCAAAUUAAAGUAAAAUCUGGUAAAUAUUAAUUUGCCAAAACAAUUAUUUCGAAAAAAAAAAAAAAAAAAAAAUCCUUAAAGGCGCUAAAUUUGGUUAUAUUUAACUAAAUGUUGAAUCAAUUUUGCUAGAUUUAAAAAAAAAAAUUUGCUAAUAUUUUGGAUCUUAAACCCUGCAUAAGUUUGGAAUGAACGUGAACUAUUUUCAUUCUGCUCAUUAAGUUGAGAAACACAUAUUACAACAUAUUCAAAACUGUAAAAGUACUGAGAAAGGGAAAAACAAAACAAACAAUAACAGAAUGGUGGGAAACAGUGAAACAAUGUUAUUCAAGUGAACAAAGAUACAUUAAAAAAAAAAAAAAAAAAAAAAAGUGACUAAUUAAGGUAUUAUAUUUAAAAUUUAAAAUAAUUUGUUUUAGUACAUGUUCAUUUGGCAGCAACCCAUGCCUAACAUCUGAUAGCCGAAGCUUCCAGACAUUAUGUGAUCACUACAACUGAUAUCUAACUGUUGUGGACAGGUGUGAUGACAGGAGGAGGACAUCAGAAGCAUAGGGUUUUAUGUUAUAAUAUUCAAGAAUGAGUUUGUGGAAAUAAGACUGACUUUUGAAGACUUUAGCAAUGCCACAGAGAAUGAUGAAUUGUGUGUGAAUCAGUGUCCUAGUUGAUGAAAUACAACAGUGCUGAUACGAUAACAAGCAUGUUCAGAACCUCUAGAGGGUACACUCUAGCUGAAUAUAAAGUACUGGUACUGGUGAAACAGCCACCUGUAUAAUUAAGAAGGCUAUUUGACUAUUCUGCCAAUUCAUCUAAUAAAGUACAAACAAUCCUGGGCCCAUGCUUAUAAAACUUUUUAAGUCCAGACUCAAACUCAAAUGACAUCACAUGCAUGCAAUUUGUAUCGUGUUGCCAUGACAUUACUAUCUCAGACUCCAUUAUAGUCUCAAGACUCUAAACAUUUUAUAAGCACCAGGCCUGUACUAAUUUGUAGUCAGUUGUUUUAAGAGGCCUUCUUACUAUUCUUCCAAAUUAUUAAGACAGUACCAGUAAAAUGACUGUCUUAUGAGUCCUUGUUUGAUAUUCUGUUCUAAAGGUGAUGCCACAUGAUACAAGUGCCCCAUACAAGAAUAGCCAUGAGAAUAACCAAUUGCAUAGUAAUUGAUGAAAUUGUAAUAUUUGUCUUGUCAAUCAGCUAUUCCUUUGGCUAAUAUUCUCAUACGAGGCCCUCGUAUCAUGUUCAUUGCCUUAAAAGUUAGCAAAGAUCUGAAUGUAAAUGUAUUGUGUGGUGGUGUAUAAAAAUACAAUCUUAUAUAUAAUAUGUCCAGUAUUAAACAGAUUACAAAGGGAAGCAUGAAGUCUAUCUGGAUGAUUAAUCAUUGAUUCAGGUGUGGAUUUUUUUCUUUCUUUUAACAAUGAAAGCGCCCCCCCCCCCCCUCCCCCCCCCCUGAAAAAAACAACAACCUAUAAAGUGUUUUAACAGGUGGUUGAUGCAAGGCAGUAAAACCAAGGCAAAGAGAGUUAGAAAUAACAGAAUUAAUAGCUGCCAACAAGUGCAAUAAAAUUUGAAAAAGUGACGAAAAAAACUGAAACAAAAAACCCCAACCACUGGUGAUUAUAAGAAAAGCUUAUCAAUAAAAGAUAAAAGUAGCAGGGACACACAGAGCUAUAAGCAACAUGUCAAGAUGCCAAGAAUGAUAGCCAGUAAUUGAACACAUACUGGGUAAACUCAAACAUGUACAGGAGAUUUAUUAGAGGUUUUACAAGUCUGUAUGCUGUGAAGUGACAGCUUCAUUGUUUAUAAGACACCUUCCCAGAGCUGUUAACACUUCCAGCUACCAGUACUGGUACAGAAGAGACAACAGAAAAAAACCCCUCUACAAAUCAGUAUAUGAAACACUAGCACCCACCAAUAUGCUGUCAAACAGGCCAGUAGGAACUUGGGGGGAGGGGAGGAGGAGCAGUGCGAAAAUCUAUUCUCAGGCUUUCUGCCAAAAAAUAAUUUGAGUGUACGUAAUAAAAACUAAACAGAUCAUAACUGCAUCUACUAUGUUGUUAUGAGUUUAAAAUCUUUUGAAAUUGGACACUGCAUUUCAUGUACUUUGACAAAUUUUAAAAAGCAGUUCUAUUACUAUAAUCUUUCUAAAAAUUAUAAAAAUGUAUCCAUUAAUUUCCGUGAUUUUAGGGUACACAAUCUGACCCUUCGUACCCUCUGGCAGAAGCCCUGACUAUGUAAAUAAAAAUAAAAGUAUGCCUUGUGCCGACGACUUAGAUUGUGCCCCUACCCACUCCACUAGAGAUUAUGCCCCCACCCACUCUAGAUAUUGUUCCAUCAGGUCUGUGUCAAAUACUUGACUGAUAAAACUAAUGGUAAAGGCAUGUGAUAAAGCAAAAUGUGUACUAACUAAUUAAUAUAUGUAUGUAAAGUUAACCUAACUUUAAAAAUGUUAACAAAUAAACUCACCCAACCAAUUGGGCUAUAGCAUG